AUUCCCAACUUGGACAUUUGCUCGGUGAGCGAUACUACAUAUCCCCAUCGGCGGCAAAGUAUCCGACCGGACUUUUCUACUCCGAUGCCCAUGUCGCGCUGCUCCACCCCCUCGCGCUACUCCACUCGCCGGAUACGCCAACGCCUCGAAGCGAUAUUGCAGAAAGAUAGCCCAACAUGCAUCGUAGGGCACGCAUAUCUAACGUCUCGAGUCACUUGUUCUUCUUUCUCUGAACAUUUUUCCUGACUUGAGUUGGUACUGCAAGUCUUGUAUCACAGCAGCACAUGUCCUUGUAAUCUUCCCCCGCAGGAGCAUCAUUCUUUCCCAGGACUCGCCUUCUAUGAGUACGCAAAAUGGCACCCUCUUCCACAUCCUCCUCAGCACCCGCUGGCCCACAGCAAUCUUCCCACCCGGCCACCGAACCUGAACAUCAAACGACCGAGUCUGAGAAAAACACUGAAUACGCCUCCAUUAUACCUGCACCACGGACUGAGGACGACCAACAAGGCCGUCUCCAACUCCAACGCACAGUCUCAUCAGUCAGCCACCAUGACAUGGCCAAUGUGCAAUACGUCGCAACAGGCGACAACGACACCAUCUACAACAAGUUCACCCCACGGCGAAAAAUGGUCAUUGUCGCCGUCGUCUCCUUCUGCAGCUUCCUAGCCCCCAUCUCCUCGACGACUGUCCUCUCCGCCGUUCCCGAAGUAGCAAAGACCUUUUCCACAGACGGCUCCAUCAUCAACGUAUCAAACGCCUUGUACAUGCUCUUCAUGGGCCUAUCCCCCUGUUUCUACGGGCCCUACGGAAACAUCUACGGCCGGAAAUGGGUCAGCGUAGCAAGUGCAGCGUUAUUCACCGCAUUCAGCAUCGGCACGGCGCUGAGCCCCAACCUCGCUGCCUUCUUCGUCUUCAGGAUCCUGACCGCGUUCCAAGGCACCGCCUUCCUCGUCAUCGGAUCAGCAGUCAUAGGUGACAUUUACAAGCCGACGGAGCGCGCAACAGCGCUAGGCUGGUUCCUGUCCGGCACGCUGAUUGGGCCCGCGCUGGGCCCGUUUAUCGGUGGAAUUAUAGUCACGUUCCGCUCGUGGCGCGACAUCUUUUGGCUGCAGACGGCUCUUGCUGGUGCCGCGACUGUGUUUUGUUUCUUCCUCCAGCCCGAGACCAUACACAAGAAGCGCGCCGAUGAACUCGCCGGCCUGCCUGCAAAGCAGCGCGCAAGCAAAAUGUGGGCGUGGCUCAACCCCUUCCGCGUCGUGAGAUUAUAUCGGUACCCGAAUAUUCUCCUCACGGCCCUCGCGUCCGCUAGCUUGGUCUGGAACAUGUACAGCCUGCUUACGCCUAUCCGGUACGUGCUCAAUCCGCGGUUCGACCUGCAGACGCCCUUGCAAUCGGGACUCUUCUACAUCGCGCCGGGCUGUGGAUACCUCGUCGGCACCUUCUUCGGCGGCCGCUACGCAGACCACGUUGUGAAGAAGUAUAUCCAGAAGCGGGGCCAGCGCGUGUCAGAAGACCGUCUGCGGUCUUGCGUCUUCUUCCUCGGGGGCGUCAUACCCGCUUGUAUGAUUGUGUACGGGUGGAGUGUUGAGAAGCGCGUUGGCGGUGUUGCGCUCCCCGUCAUCAUGAUGUUCCUCCAGGGCGUGGCGCAAUUGUUUUGCUUUCCUAGUCUCAAUACGUACUGCUUGGAUGUUAUGCAGGGGAGGAGCGCAGAGGUGGUCGCGGGGAAUUACUUCAUGCGCUACAUGUUUGCGGCGGCGGGGUCGGCGGUGUGUUUGCCUGCUGUUAGGGCGAUUGGCGUAGGCUGGUUUUCGACAAUCAGUGCGGGGUUCUUGGUUGCUGGGGCGGGUAUGACUUAUGCGACGGCGGUUUGGGGGAGGGAGUGGAGAGAGGGGAUUGAGGAGAAGAAGGCGGCGAGGAAGGAGGGGGAUGGCAAGGUGUAGAGGAUGAAUAGAGUCCGAAGAAACCGCCCACUUGUAAAUCACACCGGUAACGCCGUGUCCAACUCUCCAAACAGCCCUGAUAUCUACCUCCUACGUGACCUCUUUAUUAUACCGCAGAACCUGGAUUUAUUCUGAGAAAGACAUUCCAUCAUC